AUGACAUAUACCCAAUAUCUAGAUCACCAAUCCUCCAAAAAGUUACGGGAUUACACUGUGCGGGUGCAUGGGAGGAAUGAAAGAAACGACAUCUUACUCGGCUUACCAAUGAAAAUAGGAACGUUGCUUUUAGGCAUUGGCUAUGGUCAUAACGAGGUGAAGUCAGGCGUAGUAGUGAGCCUAGUAAGAUACUUCAUGGGCCUGGGCAGUACGCACGAGGCAGCACGAUAUGAUGUACUGUCUGCCAAACGGCACGAACCAUUGCGAAGCGGACGCUCACCAAUCCAUUUUCAGCUUAAAAUGUCCAAAAGAGUGGUGUACUCAAACGCAAGCAAUGAAGCACCACGUGUUCCACAAAUGUAUCCAGACUCCUGGCCAUUUGCCAAAGAAUCGACAAAUCUCGAAGCAGCCGUAUGGGGAAAUGAAGUGCUUUUCCAUCCCGUGUAUGCAUUUGGGACAGCCGGCAUCCGUGGAGCAAAAGAGCUCACCGCCACUUCGAUAGUCUACUGGGACACGAGAGUUUGUCAAAAUCUCUUCGGCACAUCAAUAAUGUUUGGAGUCGGCUCGAAACGUGCUUCGACCCGAGCUAGAUCUCAGUUCGUGGAUCUUCUUGGCGAGGACGAGCACUCCUAUGGCAUUAAUCAGAAAGGAGUCGCACGACAUUGUGGAGUAGAAGUGGCCGUUUGCGAUCAGCUACCGUAUAGAGACUGCAUUGUUGGAAUCCUAUUCGAUGGUCCUGGGAGAAAAAUUAGUUUCUACCGUAAUGGUCAAUACCUCUGCACACCGUUCACUGAAAUAGAUGUUUCUGAAACACUUUAUCCUAUGAUAACGAGCACAGCACAGCAAUCGCGAUUUGUGGUUGAAAAUCAAUCUUGUCUAUAUAUUGCACAUUCUCUGACCGAUGCUGCCCUUUUGAGGGUCCAUUCUAUGUCCGGUUCAUCAUAUGCACAUUUGCCAUUACCUCGUACACUUGUCCUACGUCUGGGACAAAUGGAAAGACGUCGACAUCGUCUUCGUCGCGCGCCGCCGAAGACGCGCCCUGUCGCCGCCAUAGGCGUUUAUACUUUCCGCCUACCAAGAUGCUCAAUGGGCGUAGAGGACGAUCAAUAAUCGAUCAAUAGCACCAGUAUUUCACUUCAUAUUAUACUAUACUGAUUAGUGCAAUAUGGUUAUAGGCUUUCUUGUGAGAUAUAGUCAUGAGUGUCGUUGUUCCAUCAUAAGCUUUCACAUCAAGGUCUCCAUCAUUAUUGAUCGUUAUCGAUUGGUAUUCUGAGUUAUGUAGCACUUCUAAAACGGGUUUUCUUCCUUUUUUCGCCACAAAUCUGCAAAUUCCAGUCUCCAGAAUCAUUUAUCAUCGUCAAGGCUUUCAGAUGACAUUGUUUUACGGUCUCAUCUCCAUUCAUAUGCAUUUAUCUCUCAUACUCUUCUAGUCGCUGUUCGCUGCCAUUGGAAUGAUCGAUUUAUCGAUUUUUGUUCGCGCGGCCAUAUACCAAAGAUGUGUAAAUACAUGCAGCUACUUAACCAUGAUAAACAUCUUC